CUCCCUCGGUCGACGCCAUGGAGCACCUCCUGCUGUCCGUCCUGGUGCUCUGCAGCUUGGCCCGGGCCCAGGUGUGCCCCAAGCGCUGCAUGUGCCAGAACCUGUCGCCCUCGCUGGCCAUCCUCUGCACCAAGACCGGCCUCCUCUUCGUGCCCACGGUGAUCGACCGCCGCACAGUGGAGCUGCGCCUGACCGACAACUUCAUCACCGUCAUCCGCCGCAAGGACUUCUCCAACAUGACCAACCUGGUGCACCUCACCCUCUCGCGCAACACCAUCAGCCAGAUCCUGCCCUCCGCCUUCGCCGACCUGCGCGGGCUGCGGGCCUUGCACCUGGACAACAACCGCCUCCUCUCCAUCAGCGGGGAGCAGCUCAAGGGGUUGCCCAACUUGCGCCACCUCAUCCUCAGCAAUAACCAGCUCCAAGACAUCUCCCCCGGGGCCUUCGACGACUUCGUCGGCACUUUGGAGGACCUGGACCUCUCCUACAACAACCUCGUCCAGGUCCCCUGGGACACCAUCCAGCGCCUCAACAAUGUCAACUCCCUCAACCUCGACCACAACUUGAUCGACUACGUCCCCGAGGGGGUCUUCACCAACCUCCUGAAGCUGGCCCGCCUGGACAUGACCUCCAACAAGCUGAAAAAGAUCCCCCCGGAUCCCCUUUUCCUCCGGAUCCCCGUGUACGCAAAGUCCAAAGGCUCCCCGCUUUCCUCGUUGGUUCUCAGUUUCGGGGGGAACCCGUUGCACUGCAACUGCGAGCUGUUGUGGCUCCGGAGGCUGACCCGGGAAGACGAUUUGGAGACCUGUGCUUCCCCGUCGGACCUCCUGGGGAAAUACUUCUGGACUAUCCCCGAGGAGGAGUUCAUUUGUGAGCCGCCCGUUAUCACCCGGCACACGGGGCACUUGGUGGUGACCGAGGGCGAGGCGGCCGUCCUUCGUUGCCGCGGAGCCGGCGACCCGGAGCCGUCCAUCCACUGGGUGUCUCCAGAAGGCAAGGUGGUGGCUAACACUUCCCGGACCACCUUUUAUGACAACGGCACCCUGGAGAUCCUCAUCGCCACGGCCCAGGACACCGGGGUCUUCACCUGCAUCGCCUCCAACGCAGCGGGGGAUGCCACCACCUCUAUCGAGCUGCUGGUCAACCCUUUGCCUCACCUGUCCAACGGCACCGCCCCCAAAGUCCCCGCCGCUGCGGGGCCUUCCGACAUCCUGACUUCGGCCAAGGCGAUCCUCCCUCCCGGGGCUAAUGAGACGGGGGCCUCUCAGGAGAAGGGGGUGGUGGCCUCGGAGGUGUCGUCCUCCUCGGCGCUGAUCCGCUGGUACCCUCAGUGGCACAUCCCUGGCGUUCGGAUGUACCAGAUCCAGUACAACAGUUCCUCCGACGACACUUUGGUAUACAGGAUGAUCCCUUCCACCAGCAAGGCCUUCUUGGUGAAGGAUUUGGCCUCCGGGCGGGACUACAACUUGUGCAUUCUGGCCGUCUACAACGACGGGGUGACCUCCCUGACGGCCACCCGGAGCCUGGGCUGCGUCCAGUUCAGCACCCCGCAGGACGCGCCCCAGUGCCACUCGCUGCACACCCAGUUCCUGGGGGGCACCAUGAUCAUCAUCAUCGGGGGCAUCAUCGUGGCCUCCGUGCUGGUCUUCAUCAUCAUCCUCAUGAUCCGCUACAAGGUCUACAGCGGCCAGGACGAGCACAAGAAGGCCAGGGUCAGCAACGUCUACUCCCAGACCACCGGGAGCCACCCCCCUCCCGCCCCCCUGCCUUGCUCGGCCUCCAAGCCCGAGGAAUGGGGGGCAGACCCCUCCACGGCGGGCAGGGUGAGGAGAGACUGCAGCGCUCUCACGCUGGGCAAGGAGGGCGAGAAAGGGGGGCGGGGCCACCCUCCGGAGGCGGGGGCCGAGGAGGCGCCCUCCCCGCACAGGAGGAGGAGGUGGUCACGGGCCAGCGUGGACCUCCAUAGCAACAGUUCCGGCCCGGAGGCCUCCAGAACAGAAGAGCAGGAUUCCAAGCUGAUGCCGCUGGCUGGCGAGAGGAAAAACGGCAGCGAGUGGACCGACGUGAAGAUCUGAGCUCAGGUGCCCCCCCCCUGCGGUGGGGACGAGGCCUGGCUAUCUGGAACCCCCAGAUCUGCACCCUGCUGGCGGCUGCAGCGAACCCCUCCUGGGCAUCCCUCUGACCUCCUGGCCUUCGACUGUGACGGAUCAGCAGCGAGAUCGUGCUGGAUUUGGGUCCACCUUGGGAGGGCUGAGACGGGGCUGCCGGGAGGGGCCACGCCGAGAAAGCAGGAGGCUGACCGUCUGGUUCCCGCACCGUUUCUCCACUCUUCCACCCUGCGGGUGCUGCCGGUCGUGGGGGCAGGGUGGGCAGGCAGCCCCCCAGACUCUCAUUCACACGUGGGGCCCGUGUGUAUGUGGGGGGGCCUGUGUGUUUUCUGGGCUCACUGCCGCUCGCUCUUAGCCGGCCCCGUUUCUACCGGACUCAACUCUCGCAAGCUCCUGUUUUUUAUUAACUUUUUGUUUUUC